GUCCAUAAAGCGGCUCUAGGCGGGAGUUCGUGGUGCGGUUUGGCCGAGAGAGUAAAGCUGAACUCCGGACACAAAUACACGGGGAGGGGAAGAGGCGUGUGGCUUCGGUCCAGCGCGGCGCCGUCCAGUUUAACUAGCACGUACAAUUGGAUUUACUCUUAUUUCACAUACCGCGAUUCAAACCGUUUUGAAGAAUAACACACGUUCACUCUCGUUCUGUUAUCAUCUCGACAACAAACGUUAGCCAGUUGCUCAAACGGACCUUUAAAAUUCAUUAUCACGCCGGAUAUCGAGAAGCUGGUGGCAAUUGGACGUUUUGUUGCCGUUUCAAAGUUUCCUUCGCGGAUUUGUGCGUUUGUUUUUCUAAGUUUCGUGCGUUGAAGUCAGACGUUUGGGCCCACAACAGUCUCCCGUGUGCGGAGAGCAGAUACAGUUCCCUGGCGGUCUGGAGAGCUCUGCAUACGGAGCUAGAACCUGGACAGCUCAUGACUUCAGACCAGGAAGGAAAAACUAUUGUGGAGCCACAGGUGCAACAGUCACAGGAAGCGAAGGAGAAAGAGAUUCCACUUUUGGAAUCUUCCAAGAUUUCGGACCUCAAUCCCAAUGCAAAGGCAUGGGCCAAUUACAUGCCUAAACCGCAGGCCUCUGCUCCAACCUGCACGGAUUCUGAGCGGUCAUGGGUGGAUGCGGACGAUGACCCGUCAGAUAUCAUCUCAGGAGGUUAUAAUAACAGUGAAGACAAAGGGAACUGGAAUGAGGAACAGCAUGUAUCUACCACUGUAGAGCUGCCAUUUGCAGCACAGCCAGAAUCAGUGUACAUGGGAAGCUCAGCCAGUGAGAAGGGCAUUGUGUCAAACCAGAACGCCAGAAUGAAAGGAGUGGAUGACUCGGACUCCUCCAGACAGCUUGAGGACCUUCAAGAACAGCUGAAGGCAACACUGGAGUUCUGCCUCUCUAGGGAGAAUCUAGCAAACGACAUGUACCUCAUCUCACAAAUGGACAGCGACCAGUAUGUGCCAAUAGUGACUUUAGCAAACCUCGAUCAAAUCAAGAAACUCACCACUGACGUGGAUCUCAUUGCAGACAUCUUAAAAACUUUGCCUCUUGUCCAACUGGACAAAUGUGGAGAGAAAGUACGGCCCAAUCAGAACCGCUGUAUCGUCAUUCUCAGAGAAGUUCCUGAGGCCACUCCCCUGGAGGAAGUUGAAGCGCUGUUUAAGAGUGAAAACCUACCCAAAUUUAUCAACUGUGAGUUUGCCUACAACGACAACUGGUUUAUCACCUUUGAAUCCGAGGCAGAUGCUCAGCUGGCAUAUCAGUAUCUCAGAGAAGAGGUAAAAACAUUUCAAGGAAAGCCGAUUAAGGCUAGAAUAAAGGCCAAGGCCAUUGCCGUCAACACCUUUGUGCCAAAGAAUGGGUAUCGGCCAGUCGACGUGUCCUCGAAUGUCCAGCAGCGCUACACCCCCUACUACAUCCCACCUGUGUAUGGAGCACAGCAGCAGUUUCCUCUUUACCGGCUGGUGACCCCUCAGGGCUGGUCAGCUACCCAGAGUUACCUGGACCCUACACUGGUUACUCCAUUUCCCAGCCCUGCGUUUAUUAAUGGCUUUGCUGGUUCUCCGACUUUUAAAUCAGCCACUUCUCCACUAACUGUCAGACAAUUCGCACCUCGAAACAGGAACCACAACAAAUUGCACAUUCGGCUCACGGCAGACCGUGGAACCACUCUGCUGGACAGCCCCGCCACUUUCUCGACCUUCCCUUCGGAGAGAGUCCCCAACGGGACACGUCCUCCACAGGCACAUCACAUGGGUAGUCGACCACGGUUACCGAUCGGGCCGGGCUAUCCUAGGCGGGAUCAGGUGGGAAGCGGCCGGAUGGAAGUGAACGGGGCGGAUUAUUCUGUAAAUUCAGGACGGGGAAGAAGAGGCGGCUUUGGUUACAGGAAAAGACGAGAAGACAACAAGUUCCCAAGAGCAGCCACGCAGUCGCCCCCUCCCGUUCAGGAGCGCGCUCCCUCCCCCAGCUUUGAGCUGGGACUGUCCAGCUUUCCUCCUCUGCCUGGAGCUGCGGGAAAUCUGAAGCCUGAAGUUAAAACUGAAAACAGCCUCGACAACCGACUGUCUGACAUCGUCACCGGAGCAGUGAAAGACAAGCCUCUAAAUAAGGAUGUGAUCACCAGCCGUGUGAUCUCAGGGACCUCCAAAGAAUCCGUGCAGGCCGCUCCCGCUGUUCAGAUCCCAGUGGACCAGCAACCCUCACCCUCUCCAGCCCCUACAAACCUGACACCUGUAGAACAACCUAAAGAGAUGCAGACACCUGCAGAGAAAUGCUCCGUCACACCUGCUGCUAAAACCGCACCACUGAGCAAUCCAGUGACGGAGCCCCGAAAGCCGAGCUAUGCAGAGAUCUGUCAAAGGAUAAGAGAGGCACCCACACAGCAGCCUCCUGCAGAUCCCCGACCUCCCAUCUCCACCGCCGACGACAUCAAAACCCCAGACUCCGCAGAACGCAGAUGCAAAGAAUCCGCGAGCGUCAGAGAGACACCGAAAUGCCAUCAGGGUGCCGGAGACGGAGGGACGGCGGGCACCACUUCCUUCCACCAAUCCUGAGGAUCCGGCUCUGCUUCCGGGACCGAAUGGGAACAAUCUGUUUGUCAGGGCUUCUCAAGUCCUCGCUAACUCACCAUCUCUACGAGUACACGCAUAGACAGCUUGUCACUGGAAUCAGGGCCUAUAGACAAAAGCACUUGUGCGUUAAGGGUUUGUCCUUUUUCAUUUUUCCUUUUGUCCUUUGUUUGUUUUCCAAGGAAAUGAACCAGCACCAGUUGGAGAAUAACUAUUUAAAUACGUUAUGUCAGAGCUCAGUGCUUUUUUUUGUCGUUUAAACUUCAAGUAGAGCUGUUGGAAGGAAAUACAGAUUUUUGAAUAGUGCUGAUCCUAAAACCCUUUUCUUUCCCUUUUUAAAAAAAGUGAUAUGUAUAUAAUUUUGCUGACAAGUGUCUUGGUAGCGGCAUCACCGGGAGCAGUCUGUACGUGCGCGCCCGGCGGUCCCAGCCAUUACAAAUGCAUGAGUGAGACUUUUGUGUAAAUCCAUUUUGUGUUUUCCAUUUUUAUGUUCGGAUGUUCCAGCACUGGAGUGACGUUUUCGAGCUCUGAAUUAUUUUUUUACAUGCUAAUCCUCUAUCAAUUGUAAUGAUGUGAUAUUGUAGCAGGUGUAUGUAAACCUGUUUCUGUGUGCAUGCUUUUUUAUGUUUUUGAUUUUUUUCCCCCCCGUUUUGUUUUCUUUUAAACCUUUUAAUGGCACACAUUAUAGUUUCUCUACUUGCCAUUGUUUGCGAAGAAUCCACUCUGAUGCCCCGGCAUUCAAUUCUGGAAGAUCUCACACAGCGAAGUCCUCAGGUUGUGAGGGUGAAACGUGUUCAUGUGCCUAGUCUGCUGUGAUCUAAACCAUUGAUGGCUAUAUUGUUUGUUUCUUAGCUUUGUUUGUUUUGUUUGUUUGUUAUCCUGGUGUGGUGCUACGGUUCGUCACAUGGUUAAUUCGGUGCUUUGAGUAAAUUGAGGGGCAGACACCCAAAAUGCACCAACGUCUAUCCUAUGACCUUCACCGAUUCGCUUUCAUGUCACCACAUAUAUAAAGCGUGGGAUCGUGUAGAUUUUAUAUAGUGACGUAUACAUAAAGAGCAAAAGAUCUGAGCCUUCAGCACACUUAGACCAGCGCUGUUUCGUGGGUUUUUUCCUUUAUGCAUAAUUGUUUCGGUGUACAUCUCGCACUCGACGUGCCCCUCGUUCAUGCAUAUUCUGUUCAUCGGUCGUUCAGUUAAUUGGUUCUCAUUAACGUUUCAGAUUGUCUUGGGCUGAACAAGACGGACAGUUAUUUUGAUGUCUUCCUGCAGCGUUGAGCACGUGCAGAACGCUUCGAGAUGUUUGUCACAGUCUGUUGUUUAUAUUCUCUCGUAUCUUUCCUGUGACUCAUUUUUGUUUUUGUCUGUUAAACAAAAAAAAUCGCUUUUGUUGUUUCUCUGAAUGCAACUAAUCACUUGUCCAUCAAUAAAUGAAGCAUACUGUUGUUCAAAUAGUGAAGGUUUUAUGUAAACCUUGAAAAAAAUGAAACGAACCAGAAACAUCACACAUAAGUUAACAGUGUUUGAAAACUUGAAUUUUAUUUAAACUUGAAAAAUAUCUCUGCCUUAACUUUUUAGAUGAUAGUUUGGAGGUCUUUUUUCUUUGAAUUCCAAAAGUGUAGAAACGGGAUGAUGUAGUGGAGGCAUCACAGCGCCUUUGUCACUGCGUUUGUGUAGCACAAUACUUUUGGGGUUGAGAUGGGAUUAUUGUUUUGUUUCGUUCACCUCUGUGUAAAUGCUUGUAGUCUAAACUGUAGUACAUGUAUGCACUCGUAUGUGUGUGCUUUUUCUGUACAGAUGUAAAUAAUUGGAAAAAUGUUAAAAAGGUACCCUAAAAUUGGUUAUGAGAAAAUGUAUGGAAAAAAUAAAUAAAUGUUAAUUAAAAAUCGGA